AUGAAUCAAUCAGAGUUUGGAGAAAAGCACCAAACCGGACUUAUUUCUCCACAUAAUAGGAAAAUAAUUAAGCCAAGCAGCAAUACAAUCAAUUUAUCUAAUUCAAUUAAAGCGAGAAGCAGCUUACAACAAACAAAAUUCGAUAAUACGAACCCAUUAGUAGAAGCAAGGGAAGCACUCAACAUCAAUCAACGCAGAAUAGCAAAUGAAGAUCUUUUUGAUCAAUUAAUGGAAAAAGCUCUCGAUCAUCCAUUACAUGAAGUGUUCGAACCAAUACUUAAAGUAAUGUUUCGUGGUGAUAAUUGCAUAUUAUGGAUAGAUAUUCCAGAAAAUCAGUACUUAUACUCACCAACAAACAAAUUUGUUUCUCAAUAUUCAAAUAGUUUACCAGGAUUCGUUCAUAAGACACAAAGUAUUAUACAAAUCAAAGAUGCUUCGCAAGCUCCUAAAGGAUUUACCAUUGAUUCACGUGUUUCUCCAGUAAAUUCUCCUUUAUUCUUUUUCCCUUUAGCGAAUCGUGCUGUUGUACAAGUAGUUAGACGAAGUAAUAGUGGUGGUUUUAAUGAAACAGACAUGGAAACUGCUCAAUUACUUAUGCAUAAGUUUUCAAUUUAUGGAAACGCUUUAUUUUCAGUUUCUACGCUUACUCCACUUGCAUUACAACUAUUUAAAGAGUCUCCAGCAACAUUAAAUCCUUUAACACUUAUAGAAAAGCAUUUUGAUUGCGGAGAAGCUCAAAUUUGGAGAGUUGACGCCGUAAAGAACAUUUAUUCAAAAUUCAAUCCGGAAAUAGGUGACAUGGAGAUCAAAGAUGAAGAUCCUACCAUUUCUCAUGCAAUAUCUUUGAAUGGAAUUGAAAAUAAUUCAGAUGAAAUUAAAUUAAUUUGCACACAUGAGAUAAAUAAGCGAGAAAUAUGGGUUGGUGUCUUAUCAGGACGUGGUGAGAUGUUUAAUUCCAGUGAAGAAGCACAGUUUCGAAGCUUAUUGCCUUUUUUGAUCAAAUUCAUCACAGGUUUUGGCAAUGAGAGCCAACAGAAGGCAUUAGCAUCACGCAUAGGUGAUCUCCUUAACGUUUUCUCUCUUAUUGCUUGCACACUUAACAUAUCUGAUCUCCAAAGAAUUAUUAACGACCAAGUUCCAACUAUUUUCGACUGCGAGAGCGUCAAAUUCGUUGUAUUCUCAGAAACAGAGAAUCCUCCACAGAGCGGAUUGAUUUCCCAGUCACUUUCCUUAAAUGAACCUUUCAUUGCGGAAAAUCCAUCGAAAGUCAAAGGCUACAAUCCAUCAGUAGACUCCAUAAACAACCAAGAACCGAGAUCUUUAUUGAGUUCCGCAAUUCGCACAGUACAAAAGACAGUUGUUGGAUAUUUGGCCUUAUUUUCCAAAAAAGGAAACAACUGUUUCGAUGCGAAUGAUUCAUUGUUACUAAAAGACCUUUCGUCAUUCAUUGCUUCAUCGAUCUCUCAGUCACAGCGCAUAGAAAUGAUGAAUGACAUUUCUGCUUCAAUUGCAAAAGGUGACACUUUGAAAGAAGUUUUGACAAACAUUUCAAAAUCGAGUGAUAUCAAACGCGUUGUUGUUUACGCGAAUAACAACGGCUGGGUAAAACUCGCUGAUGCCGGAGAGAUCGGAAAUCCACAACAAGAAAUAGAAGCAAUCAAAAAUCAGGCAGAUUGUGAAGGUGUUACUUUUUAUCCGAUAAAAAACGAGAACCAAGAGGAGAUUGGCCAAUUCGGAGUGAACGGAGAUCUAGAUAACAUUCAAACAUAUUGUAAUGUAAUUGGUACGUUAAUUAACGUCCAGGAGAAAAGUGACAUCAGUUUGAAUGAAAUUAUUGAUACGAGCAAAGCAGCGUUGGCAUCUGCAGCUAAUUCUAUUGAUUUGGGUGAGAAUGUAUUUAAAUACACAUUCCAAACAAAUAACUUGAAAAUACAAAAUUAUUAUCAAUUGGUUUUCAAAAUUUUUGGCAGAUUUCGGAUUUUUGAUAAUUUCAAUGUUUCUAAUGCUGCUUUAUUCAAUUUCUUAAGGGAAAUAAAGCUGACUAAACAAGGUGCUGAUAAUCUUCAGAUGUUUGCUAGCUUGUUGUUGCAAUGUCGAAUGGAAUCGACUCUUUCCAACAUGGAAUUGUUUGGAAGUUUAGUUAGUUGUAUUUUGUCAGAUUAUAAUUGUCCACAGAAUUCUAUUUUGGUUGAAUCUCCUGAAGCAAUUGUUUCUUUGUCGAAGGCAGUAACAGUAAUGGCUAAUGACGGAAACAAUAUCUUCAAAUCAAUUCAACAAACAGAUCUCAAAAACAUAUGGGAUUUAAUUAUUGAUUUAGUUGUUUCUUCUGAUUUUAAUAAUUUUUAUAAUGUUUUAAAUUCUGCAGAAAAAGUUAUUGAUGGAGAAAAUGAUGAUGAAGAUGAUAACCAGAAGUACUCUAUGAAGAAGGAGAACUUGAAACUUUUCCUUGCUUGUGCAAAAUUGUCACCCUGCGUAAGAAAUAAAAAAGGUGAUGAAAAAAUCUCAAAUUUGGCAACUGAUUUCUUCAGAAGAUGUGAUUUAACACAUACAUCAUUCAAAGAUGUCAAAUCACGUGAAGAAAUUGACCAGGAAAAGAUUUCUGAUGCUUUGUUUAAUGAUGCUGCAAUUCCUGCUUUCAAACUUCUUUCAAAGAUUGAUUCUUCAUUGAAUGUGAUUUCUCAAUGCGUUUCAAAUAACGCGUCAAAUUAA